UAAGCAAAUGAGCCGUGGAGUGCUGGUGUUUGGGUGUAAUGUUCCUUUAAAGGCUGUUGCCCCCUGCAGCGUCGUCAUUGCGCAGAACAGUUUGAACCAAAAAGCGGAGUGACCUUCCUCCGCUUUCAGUCUGAGAGGGGCAGCACUGAAGCAAGAAGCCGCUCACAGCUCCCAAAGUCCACCGCUACAGCCUCAGAAAUGAACAACAACUUAGUCGGAGAUGAAGUCGGGAAACUUUUUGUAGGUGGACUGGACUGGAGUACGACACAAGAAACAUUGAGAAACUACUUCUCGCAGUAUGGAGAGGUAGUAGAUUGUGUCAUCAUGAAGGACAAAACCACAAAUCAGUCGCGAGGCUUCGGCUUUGUUAAGUUCAAAGACCCUAAUUGUGUACGAACAGUGCUGGAAACAAAGCCACAUAACCUUGAUGGAAGAAAUAUUGACCCAAAGCCAUGCACACCCAGAGGAAUGCAGCCUGAAAAGUCUCGAAUCAAGGAGGGCUGGAAGGGCAGCAAAGCUGAUAGCAAUAAAUCUAAGAAGAUAUUUGUAGGUGGAAUUCCCCAUAACUGCGGAGAGCCUGAACUCAGGGACUAUUUCAAUAGAUUCGGAGUGGUCACAGAGGUGGUAAUGAUCUAUGAUGCGGAGAAGCAGAGGCCCCGAGGUUUUGGAUUUAUUACUUUCGAGGCCGAACAAUCAGUGGACCAGGCUGUCAACAUGCAUUUUCACGACAUCAUGGGCAAAAAAGUGGAAGUAAAGAAGGCAGAACCUCGUGACAACAAAGCUCCUGGCCAGCUUGGUCCUGGCCAGUGGGCUCCCAGGGGGAUUUUGACUGCAGCUAAUGGUUGGACAGCACAGCCGGCCCCAGGCUGGCAACAGGCUUACGGCCCACAGGGAGUGUGGGUGUCCGCUGCCGGCCAGCCUAUAGGUGGGUAUGUACCUUCGCUUUCAGCGGGCCGGGGAACCCCCACGCAACCUCCGUCACCCUUUAACGCAUUCCUGGUCACCACGCCGGCCGGCAGCUUCGCAGCACCUCAGGGCUACCCUCAGCAGGGCUACAGCACAGCACCUCAGUUCGGUUACAGUUUCGGCACACCCCAGGCAGACCAGUACGCUCCGCAGGUUCCUCCUCCUCCCACCACACCAGGAACGGCAACGCUGGGCUUUGCCCCCGCAACCACGCCAACUCAGGACUUGAGCAAAGCUCCCACAGGGCAGCCUGAUUUUCCUUACAGCCAGUAUGGCCUGGGUAACUACCCUCAGGACCCCUCUGCCUACGGACCAACGCGUCCUCACAGUUAUGGUCAGGAUGAGCAGGGAGGAUAUAGUGCAGCUAAAGGGGUGAGAAAGGAAAGAAGAUUGAAAGGAGACCAGCAUACCAGGUACGGUCAGGACCUGACAGCCUUCGGCCACAGCUUUGGAGACCCCAGCCAGCCGGCCGCCUCGUACGGAGCCCCCACAGCACAGCCGGCCGCCGCUGCCCAGUCCGCCGCCAGCGCGUUCGGCAGGGGGCAGAACCACAACGUACAGGGCUUCCACCCCUAUCGACGCUGACCGCCUCCCUGUGGCGGUGUGGCAUGGUGUAAAGUUCAGAAACCACAAAAAAACAAAGCAAAACUAAACAAAAAAAAAGUCAGGGAAAUAAGUGUUCUUGCUCAACGCAAUACUGGAUUGUUUGUUAGGAAUGUUGAAAUAACACAGUUUGAGAUAGAAAUCUUUUAUGAAAACAAGGAUUCCCGAAAAUUUUAAAGGGUUUAAAAGAUAUUUUUCUUUUUUUUUUUUCUCGCAUAAUUUAAGAAAUAUUGAGCAGAAAGAAACUUUUAUCCCCCACCUUCCCCUACACCCAUGUUUUAUAGUAGACCUAAACUACUUUGCAAUAAUUUUGAUUGUCUGGUGAAACACUAGCACAGAGACUUAUAUGUAAAGAGAGUUGCAUUUAAAUAUGUAUAUUUAUGGUGGACGCAAAUG